AUGUUUCAAGAGUUAAAAGACGAGGUAUUUAUUGAGUUUUUUGUAAGUUGCCUCAAGCACGGUUUAAAGUGUUGAUUUUUAACUAUUCAGAUGCCGCAUUGGACUUCAAACAAUACAAUCUUAAGACAGUUCUUGUCUGACAUCAGGGAAUUGAAGCUGAGCGUUCCGAAUUAUACCAUUAUCAGUGAAUCGAUUGAGAAAUGGAUGAAACUGACGCAGAAAUGCAGAAGCUUGAUGACCGAUCUGGGAGAGGAUUCUAUUCCAUGGUAUCGUAUUGUAUGUGACGCAUACGGCUCCUCCGGAGUCCUCAAAGACAUUCAAUAUUGGAUAAUCAACAACAUCCCAGAAGAAGUUUUGCCUGAGUUCACAAAAGAUGAAUCUAUUUGGAUCGAGCAUGACAAAGUGAGUUGGCCAAUUCAACUUCUGAUUAUGUGAACGGUAUCAUUUACAGAAAAUCAUCCCUUUGUCUCCAUUCUUUACUCUGGCAGGAGGAUACAGCGUCGCACAAAGAGUAGGAAAACCUGUUACUACAGAAACAUUUUUUUACUGCUUCUCAGUAUGGCUCACUCGGAUUUUGGUUCAUUCGGCAUAUCAUCCAGAAACUGGACUUUGCUGCUCUUGCUGCAAGCCGACCCGACCUCAAUAAUGUGCUUACCAAGAACGAUGAGUGUAUUCUGCGAAUCAAACCUUCCCCUACUAGCUCGAAACUCCGUUGGUUUGAUUUUGAUGUGACCGAUAAGACUCCCAAAACAAGAGCAAUUGUGGCGGAAGCUACGGCAAACAUUUACGCUCUUCGAAAGGCGAUGUGGGCUUUCAAAAAGUACUCUCCGCAAACCUUCAACACCAUGUCGACACAUUCGAACGGCAACAGAACUUCGGAACAAAUGUUUUUCUACUCAGCCGCCAUGCUUCUGGAUGGACCAACCAUUAUGGGUCCUAAAAAACUAGAAAUACGGCACCUGAACCUCGUGGUGAGUCAAUUACAGGAGUUUCCGAAUGCAUUCCACUGCAAGAAAGAGGACGAACUGGCCUGGGCCGGGAGCUGUUCCAUCUAUCCUCCACGGAAAUAA